AUGGAAGAUGACGAGUUUGCGGCGUUUGAGUUGAACGAUGAUGAGGACCUGGACGGACUAUAUGAGGAGGCGGAUUUUGACAUUCCCUUAGGCCUGCAGCAGACGCAAACCGUCUCUGCCCCGCCGCCUAUGAUGAAGUUCAAAACCGAGGCGUUCGAUCCGCCUCUUCCUCCCGUCCCCGCCGCCACCCCCACGGUCACAUUCUCCAGCGCUCCCCCUUCCCUCCUGCGGCCACCACCACGGCCCGUGCCGAGCAGCAGCCCUGCCACCGCGGCGAAGGUGAAAGUGCAGCCGCCGCCGAGCCCGCAGGUGGUGCGGUUUGCACAGCAGCCGCAGCCGCAGCCGCAACUGGGCGCGGUGCCCAUGACCCCAACGCAGCAGCCGCAGAAGCAGCAGCUGAAGCAGCAACCGCCGAGCAAGCAGCAGGUGGACUCCUCGCUGUUCGUCACGACGCCGUCGCUCCGGCGGGUCGAGCCCAACCCGGCCGAAUCCCCCCUGAAGCGCACCAAACUGAGCGAAGACGACGCCAUGGAGUUCGCCCUGGGUGCACCGUUUCCGAUGACGCCCUUGCCGCUCGGGCGGCCGCGCAUACCCGGCCCGGCGGGCGAGCUCAUGCUGUCGAGCGCGCGGAAGAAGGACGCCACCGGCCAAUCGUCCACGCUCAAGAGCUCGCAGCAGGCCGCGCAGCAGACCCUCCCCUCGCCGAUCAUCACCCGCGGCAGCGACCAGGCCGUGUCGCCCACCGACCCGGCGCAGGACGUCGACUUCUACAACGGCCCGUGGCUCACCAUGCUCGAGCACCUCCAGCUCCCGCCCUUCACGCCCGCCCAGGGCAACGCUCUGCGGUUCAAGUUCAGCAUCGAGUACGUGCUGCAGGACGGGUGGCGCGUGAAGGUGCCGCAGCUGGUGGUGGUGAUCAAGUCCAUCGCGACGGACACCAACGCCAGCGUAACGCUGAAGGAUCCGACGGGCGAGAUGCAGGGGACGAUCCACGCCUCCGUACUGGACAUCCACCCCAACCUCAUCAAGCGAGGCGCGGUCCUCUUCCUGCGUCAGGUUUCAGUUUUCACGCCUGCGCCGGACUCGCACUACCUCAACAUCACCGACGCCAACAUUGUGCACAUCUUCCCGCAGAGUCUGCCGCACCCAACGGUACUACAGCACCACUCGCACCCUUGGGUCCUCGCGAGUGUUGGCGCUCACUGA